AUGGCCACCCUCCGAAGGACACAUCCACCGCUAUCAGCCAAACGACCGCGCUCCCCAGACCAUUCCAUCGAAAACGUUUCCAAACGACUCAAGGGAACCACAACACAACGUGACAAAGAGGCCGACAAAGACAAGGCUCGCCGACAUGCUGAGCGAGAGCAACAGCGUCUCGAGUUCAAGGAAAAGUAUAGCAAGGCAUUUCCGAACUGGAGAUUCUAUAUAGAUGCAGACAAUAUUCUCUCAGACGCGUCGUCUAUCAAGCAAACAGUGGCCAAGAUACGACAGCUGGGAGGGUCCAUCGAGAAUUUCUUUUCUAACACCAUAACCCAUUUCAUCACCGACCAACCAACUACCACCGACAUCUUGCCCUCCGCCAACAAGGAAAACGACGUGCCGCGCAAUCGACUCCGAAGUCCUAUUAAGCUUAGGGGGCAGCAACAAACUCCCGACGAUAUACCUGCACCACUGGAAGAUCUGAUAUCCAAGGCCAAAAGCUUCGAUAACACGAAGAUAUGGACGCUGGCCAAGCUGAAUAGCGUCUUGGACCGAUGUCUUGAUGUCGUAGGACAACACGCACCACCACUAGUUCCUGUGCCACAGCGGUCUCUCUCUCGUCUGCUACAAACUGAACGUCUACAUGGCACGACAGAGCGCGACCCCAACCAAAGGCGCCACAAUUACAAGUAUUUCAAUCGGAAUACCUACUUCAUGCUGGUGGAAGAUCUGAAAGAAGAAUUGGCCCCGAUUGCGAUUCAGGAAUACGUGAUACCCAAAGGCCGCGACUCUCAAAACGCAAAGGUUCCUUGGCCAGUUCUCUAUUGCCAUCCCCAGUCACGAGGGCCGUUCUUGCCAUUCGACGACAAGGAGAAGCGACGAUGGGAGAAAUCACAACGGGAUAAGGAGGACGUGGACCAACGCGAGGCCGUUCACAAGGAAAAAAUGAAACGAAUGAUGAAGCAGAGUGCUGAGGCCCAUUGGAGAGCCUGCAAUCAAGCCGGAGACUUGCGACGUUCAGCUUCGAUGAAUAAUAUGCAUCGACGAGCCCUUGAAGAGCAGCAAUUGGUUGAUCUCGAUGCUGACUUUGGCGAUUCCGCACAUCCAGGCGGGAACGUUGCUGCUUCGGGCAACAGUGUUGGCAUCACCUCUACUACUGGCACUACUUCUACGACAGGAAUUCCGAUUAUCAACUCUUUACCACUCGCUCUCCGUAGCCGCCCACAGGUCCUUACCUCACGCAAAUCGGCGGUCGCAAGACCAACCGGUGGCGAUAUGGGGCCACCCACCGCGUUUCCUAGCAGGCAACCCAUGCUCAAGAAAAGUCGCAGUACCAAUACGAUGAGGCUUCCAAAAAGAGAGGAGGGCAGUAAGCCGGGAUAUUGCGAGUCUUGUCGGACCAAAUUCGACGAUUUCAACAAGCAUAUUACUGGACGGAAGCAUCGCAAGUUUGCUGCCGACGACAACAACUUCUUGGAGCUCGAUAUGGUGCUAGCCAGAGUCAAGCGCCGCACUCGCGAAGAGACUGACCGGGAGGACUUCAACUGGCAACGGAAAUGUGCCGAACCUCGCAGUGCGGACGAAGAUGAUGAUGAACUUCUUCUGCGAGAGUCACAACCAGAGCUCUUCAACGGUGCUUUAGUGGACUUGGAUUUAUAA